UUUCAAAAUUCUAUGAUCCAAUACUCCAAUUGCAUCCUUGACUUUGAUCAUUGCUUUCCUAACCACAAGUUCUAGAUACACUAUACACUCCACCUCACAAGUGUCCUCCCUUUCUAAGCUAAUCUCCACCUCUCGUUUUGCUAACCUGUUUGUGACCCACUUUCUCUCUCUAAGCUUUGUGCUACCCUUCGAAGAACUCAAGUUAACCUCUUGAAAUUUGAGAUUACAACUAAGGAAUUUUGAUAGUUUUUGUUCUGGGUGAAGCUUACAGUGAUUCCUGAUUGAUGUUUAGAUAACGAAUUUAUCUUAUAUUGCGGAUAAUCGGCGAUGUGUGGGUUAAGAAGUGACUGCUACUAUUUGUUUGUGGGAUUAUUGAGCUUCGAAGGUGAUAUUUACAACGAUGUUUGAGUGGGAAGGCGAAGAGCUUGCGAAUAUCAUAUGGGGAAAAACAGGUGAAAAUGAAGAUCACAUUGUGCCAUAUCCUGAUGAAACUUAUGAGAUAACUCCAGAGCUAUAUGAGGAAAACAGAAAGGUGUCUCCAUUUAAUGCUACAAAACUGGAUCUUGAACACAAAGAUGAAAAGGCUCAAGUAGAUAGUAAUUUUGUUGAUUAUGGUUGGACAAAUGUGGGGAGCUUUGAUGAUCUUGAUAGAAUAUUAAGCAACAAUGACUUGGUGUAUGAAAACACAAACAUUUCAUCUAUGGAAUCUCCAAGUUUGCAUAUAAAAGAUGUAAACACAAAUUUGGAGCUGAUGGAAUGCAGUGAGGGCAAAAAUGGAAAGUCAGCUUCUUCAAAUAACGCACAAAGAAUUGGAAUGCCAGAUGAAAACGGAAUCGGAAUCAGAAUCGGAAUCGGAAUCGGAAUCAAAAAGGCAUGUGAUCCUUGGUUUUCUCUUGGAAAUGAAGGUAAAGAAUUUGAAAGAGGGUAUACACAACAUAUCAAAAUACCUUCUUCAAUGUCUAGAAAUCAAGAAACUGAAUACAAGAAGUCUCCUUGUGGUUAUAAAAGCAUAAUGGGAAAUCAACAAUUUGAAUCUGGAAGCUCUUCUUUGAUGAUGCCUUUGAGUAUGAUGACACCUCAAGAAAAGAUUGAAAAACUAAGGAGGCGUCAACAAAUGAGGGCAUUGUUUGCUAUAUGUAAACAACAACAAGAGUUUAGACAAAAUUCAAGUUUCACAAGUUGUUCAAAUGAAAGCCAAAUUGAUGAAAGUUUGAACACUCUUGUGAUGAACACAAAUUCAUUGGAAGAUGCCAUUUUACAUCAACUACAAAAUGUUGUUUCAACGUUAGGCAUUCAAAUAAGGCUUUGUAUAAGAGAUAGUUUGUUUCGAUUGGCUCAAAAUGCAUUGGAGAGGAAAUAUGCAAUUAGUUCAAAUGAACAAGUACCAAAUGUUGUCACUCAAGAAAGAUUAGGUGAAACAAAGAGCUCAUCAAGAAAGCCUGAAGGAGAGACAAAGACAAAUCCAAUCGACCGCAUUGUGGCUCAUUUGCUUUUUCAUAGGCCACCCAAGUUAUCCGGAGAACAUCUUCAGUCACAAGGCUGAGUAAAAUCCUUUCGGGUAUGAUUUUCUUGAAUAGUGGAAGCCUACAACUCAUUGAUUAUUUAAGUAUUGUAGAAUUCGAUUUACUUCAAAAAGGUGUAUUUGUAUUUGUAUUUGUAUUUGUUGUGGAGAGGCGAAGCCACUUUACUUGAACCAUGAAGUUGAUUUUUGUUACGCAUAUACCUAUUUUACUCGAUGUGUAUAACAUAGAAAAUACAUAAUAGUUUUUGUGAGUAUUGUAUAUUUGUUAUAAACAUGAUUGACUUGAUGAAA